AUGUCGGUCAGAAUUGUCAUGGUCGUGAUCGUUUUUGCCUGCUUGACGAAAGCACAAACGACUGGCUCCAGAGAUCCCACUGCUGCUGCGUUGUCGACGAUCCUCCAUUCUACUCCAUCGGUCGUUGCUGGCUCCAUCGUCUUAUACGACCCCUGCAAGACUGAAGUCGAGUUCAUCAUGACCUGUCCCGCGAGCUAUGAGUGUUCGGCCUGGAAUAACAUCACCGCAUCGUGUACAUACGCCCCGACGACUCAUCGAUGCACCAUUCCGAUGCGGGACGGCAAUAGGACUGUAAGUCCCACCACCAAGCAGCCUGACACGACUGUCUUGAUAGACUGCCUCUAUCCUGCGAACUCCAAAGCUACGUGUUCCACAAGCGUUAUGGGCUCGGAUAUCGACGCGGCUUAUUCGACGACUUUUGUUGAGACGCUGUCGGAUACACCGCCUUCGCCGACGGAUAUUGGGGGGAUCAAUUCUUACCAUGGUGUUACUAUUGCGGAUGGGCUGGAGAAGAUGUCGGCGGGUACGGCUUCUUGCACUUCGAGAUCGACGGGGAUGGCUGCGAGAGCCACUGCUAUGAGAAAGGUUCAUAAGGUCUUGGUGCCAGUUGGUGCUGCUGCGAUGGUGGGGGUAGUCAUCUAG